GUGCCAUUCUUCUGUUGUCACCAGGGACCUCACCCUCCUCUGUGUGUAUGUAAAUACAUGUGCAAUUUAAACAGCGAAUGAUUAUCACCUCAGGACCAGUGUGAGGAUUCUGCAACAGAACAAAAUCAACAACAAAUAUAAAAGAAAAAGGAAAAAAAGAAGAAGGAAGAGGAGAUUUUUCUGCUGAUGGAGGAAUUGUCCAGGAAUAAGAAGCAGAACAGGUGGCAAUUAAAAAGAUUAUAACUUGUAUGCAAAGAAGAGUAGAGAAUCAUAGAACAAAGCCAAAAAAGAAAAUAAGAGUACGAAUUUGAUCGUUAAACCGAGGGAGAAGAAGAUGAAUCAUGCUCGCUUGGAACUUUGUCAUGAACCACUUAAAGUAUCCAGAUUACCUUUUGUUCCAGAAAAACUGGGUGAUAUGGUUGUAAUCUUAAUAAGGAUUGGCAUACUUGUGUGCCUUAUUGCAUCCAUUUCACUUGCUAUCCACUCAGCAUUCUCUAAACCAGACCGGUGGUUCCCAUUACCUGAGCAUUUACAUGCCUCCCAGUAUGCUUCAGUGAUUGACAGUGGACCUACAAACAUCUCACAUAUUCUAUUUGGCAUUGCUGGUUCUGCUAACACAUGGCAUGACCGUAGCAACUACAGUAAGCUAUGGUGGAAUCCGAACACCACUCGAGGUUUUGUUUGGCUUGACAAGAAACCUGAGAUUUCACACCCUGACAUGUUAAUGCCAUAUAAAAUCUCACAGGGCUGGACUCAGUUCAAGUACUUGCACUCAGCAUCUGCGGUUCGAAUAGCUCGGAUAGUUUAUGAGAACUUUAAACUUGGUUUGCCAAAUGUUAGGUGGUUUGUAAUGGGAGAUGAUGAUACAGUGUUUUUUACCGAGAACUUAGUUACCGUGUUGAGAAAAUAUGAUCACAAACAAAUGUAUUAUAUUGGUGGGAAUUCUGAGAGUGUGGAGCAGGAUGUGAUGCAUUCUUAUGACAUGGCUUUUGGUGGUGGUGGAUUUGCAGUCAGUUAUGCAUUAGCAGCUCAACUAGCCAAAACAAUGGAUGGUUGUCUUCGAAGAUACUUCUAUUUUUAUGGUUCUGAUCAAAGGGUCUGGGCCUGUGUGAAUGAAAUUGGGGUGCCUCUUACCAGAGAGGGUGGAUUCCACCAGCUUGACAUAAGAGGGAACCCAUAUGGUCUUUUAGCAGCACACCCCUUGGCACCACUUGUAUCACUCCAUCACCUUGACCAAUUGGACCCACUGUUUCCCAACAAUACGCAAACACAUUCAAUGAAAAAUCUCAUCAGUGCUUACCACCUUGACCCUGCCCGGAUAGUGCAGCAAAGUUUUUGCUAUGAUCAUAAGCGUAGAUGGUCAAUAUCUAUUUCAUGGGGUUACACAAUACAAAUCUAUACAGCAAAGUUGAUAGCAGUGGAUUUGGAGAUGCCACUGCAGACAUUUCGGACCUGGCGAAGUUGGAGGGAUGGUCCCUUCACAUUUAAUACUCGACCUAUGAGCUCUGAUCCGUGCCAGCAGCCAGCUAUAUUUUUCCUGGACCAGGUUACAAAGGUAGGAAGAAGUGGCAGUAUCACUAUCUACAAGAGAUUUGAAGCCAAGGAAGCCAAAAAGUGCAUGAGAGCAGAUAUUAAUACUGUGAAAGUGCAGAAAAUUAGAGUUUCUGCCUUGAAGCUGGACCCAGAAUAUUGGAAUAAUGUACCACGAAGGCAGUGCUGCCAACUUAUGGAUGGUGGAAGCAUAAAGAAUGGCAGCAUGCAUAUCAGGAUUAGGAAGUGCAGACCUCAAGAAACAGUUACUAUUUAGGGAUCAGUUGUUUUUGUUGAUCGUCAUAUUUAGUAGAUUACUAUAAAGUGAAUAUUGUAGGUCUACCACUAACAUUUCCACCUAUGUACAUACAUAGUUGUCAAAAUAUUCAUGUAAUCUCAACUUUUAAUAAAUAAAUGUCCUAGGAAGUUUUUCCACCAGUAUUUAUUGCCGCAAAUAUCAUAUAUUAUAGAGAUAGGUGUUGUUUUUUCUCUCCAUUUUCCAUAUUAAGGUUUCCUGUUCAAUAAUUCAAGCAUAUGCUUUUUCUGACUCCAGGAAGACCUUCCCUCAUUGCUUCUACCCCUCAUUACAAAUGUCUUCAUUUGAUGUAACUUUCACUCUAGAAAUUGCGCCACCUCUCCCUGCAAUGGCCAACGGUCAUUCCUUUUUAGAUAUUGAUGUUCAAAUUUUCAUUUUACUUUGUUGAGCCUUUAUGUGCAGGUUCAAAUGCUGAGAACUGAAUUGCAUACUUGGUACAUCUCUGAAUAUUGAUGGGCAGAGUUGGCAGGGUAUGGCUCCUGGAGAUAACUGACCAUCACCGCAUAAAACUAGACUAAUCUUGUUUUUUGCUAUAUUAUGAACUUCACAUUGUUUAAUGGUGGAAUACCUCUCAGUUGCAUUUCUCUAUUUUUCUCCAAC